AUGGAUGUACAGAGAAACGAUAGCCCGAACAUGGGCGAGAAAAUCUUCAGGAUGGUAACGCCCCCAGCAAAGAGAGAUGUACGACGAUCGUUGAAAUCUACGUCUCUAGGAAUGGCGGCAAAAUACCGACUUUCGAGUAACUCGUCUGUACCCUCCAGCACAUCUUCCGGCAAACAACCACCAAACAAAGUAACCAGAAUCAGAAAGGCGGAAAUAGACCUUCAAGUUCAGCGGGAAAUGGAACAAAUUCGAAUUGAGGAAGAGCGAAAACAGAAAGAGGAAUUAUUACAGAAACAGAAGCAAAAGAUAAAAAUUGAAGAUGUGGAAGACUAUGAUUUUGAUGAUGACACUGAUUUAUCAGAGCCCGAGUUUGACGAUGAAGACAUUAGUCAGAAGAUGUAUAUGGAGGCGUGUAAAGACAUGAACCUGACGCCCAUCAAAGCAGUGUAUAAAGCUCUCGAUACCGAGAAACUGGCCGUGGUAGGAGUCAUACUGAAGAAGAAAGAAUCUAAGGCGUGUGCAAUAGGACUAUUGCGCAAUUCGACGAUUGAAACGCUUGUUCUGGAAAGCAAUGAGCUUGGUGGGUACGGUGCCAGAUGUAUUGCAGAUGCAAUAUCACGGAAUGAAUUCCUAACAGAAAUACGAAUAGUUGAAAACAAUAUCGGAAGAGAAGGUGCUCGUGUUAUCUGUGAAGCUCUACGUAAGAAUAAUUAUGUUCGUCGACUCGAUUUAAAAGGAAAUGGUUUUUAUGAAGAGGACGCAACGUUUUUUAAAGACAUGCUUGACGAAAACCAUGCAUUGAGAGAACUAUACCUAAGUCACAACAAAUUCCAAGAAGUCGGCGGAGAGAUAUUUGCUGAUGGAUUAGGUAACAAUGAUUUUCUCCGAGUUCUAGACCUUAGUUGGAAUCAUUUACGCAUGCGUGGUGCAAUGGCAAUAGGUUCUGCCUUACAGGUGAACCGUCAUUUAGAAAAACUUGAUAUUUCAUGGAAUGGUUUUCAUAUUCGUGGGGCUCUCACGUUAUCGAAAGCACUAGAGAUUAACACAACGCUGAUGGAUCUGAAUUUAAGCUGUAACAGACUGUCUGACAGUUGUAUUCAGAUAUUGGUAAAUGGCCUAAAGAAGAACACAACAUUGAAAGUGCUCAGGAUUGCACAGAAUCAAAUAUACCCACCAGGUGCUUUCAAUAUUCUUGAAAGUAUAGAAAAUACACCGUCCAUAGCUUUAGAGUUGCUUGACUUAGGGGAUACCCCAGUUAUGGAUACUUUUGAAAACCUCUACAAAAAGCUCCAGGAAAUCCGAAAGCCAUUUACAAUUAUAUAUGGGAUGGUGUGGGCCACAGAUCGCCAUUCAUUAGCCAGCGGGGACCAAGAACCGGAAGAAGAGGACCUUCUCAAUGAGGACCCGCUUCUAGUUCUAUUUGAAUACGCGCGAUUACAAAACUUCCGACUGGUAGACAUGUUUAAGCAGCUGGAUAUGGAUAACAGUGGGUCUCUCGAUAGAGAGGAAUUUUCUAGGGGCCUAGCUCAAGUGAAUAUUCCAAUGAAUAGGCGUUCCUUAAGCAGACUGAUAGAUAUAAUGGACAAAGAUGGGGAUGGAGAAAUAGAUUUUGGCGAGUUGAUGGCAGCCCAGCAGAAACAUAAACUGUUGCUGAAGUCUUAUAUGAAAGGUGAGCGACCAAUCGAGGACACAGAAAUAGGCCGAAUAGACAGACUGUUAAGGAAAGUCAUGUACAAACGAUUUCUAAUGCGCAAGUUUUAACAUCAUCUUUUAUCACGUCAU